CUCAGUCGGUGUUCAGUGGCAUCUUGUUCAGUCAGUGCUAAAGUGAAUGGAGCUGAAAAUGCAUUGGUUUUACUAGGCUCCUUACGUGAUUAUUGUUUACAAAUAAAUAUUUCGUUUCAUAACUCGCAUUUUAGAGAAUUCGCUGCUAUAAUUAUUGAAAGAUUUUUGUUUGAGAAGCUCCACUAUGAUUAAAUGUGUUACUAGUUGAAGUUUUUAGAGUCAGAGUCAGAGUCGGCCGGUACGUUGAUUGGUUUGGUUCGUUGCGUUUUCGGAUUGCUCUGAAUGAAUUGGAUUGACUUGAAUCGAAUUGGAAGUUGAUCAAAACGGAUCAGAUCGCCAUGGAUUACUUAAUUAUUCAUCAUACAUACUAAGUAUGUAAAGUGCGUAAAAUAUUUUUAGGUGGCAAAGUGUUUGUAAUACAUAUGUAUGUACAUAUAACGUGCUUAUGAUGUGAUAUGUACAAAUGUACAUAAAGUACAACUAUAGUAUGAAAACGCUUUAUAAAAGGAAGUAAAUGUGCCAUUAAACAAUUUCGGUGUAAAUCACUUGAUGUGUAAUUGAACAUUUUCGACUGCUUAUCAAUCGCCCGCAGUAGUGACGUAUGUAUGUACAUCGGACCGCAUUCCGCUCACCUUAUACCUAUACGCAUACAAAUGAAUAGAAACACGCAAUAUGCACAUACAUACAUUUUGAAGUAUAAACACACACGCGCCCAUCCACCCACCAGCGCGACCAGUUUGGUAAACGAAUAUUUGUGACGUCGCCGUUGACUGUCUCGUCGCUGUGACUCGUGAGUGCGAACGCGUCAACCCCAUGCAAACGCCCAUGCAAAGAACCUACACCUAUACAAACGCAUCGGUACGCAACCAAGGUACAAUUUAUUUGGUGAUUCUGUGAGAGCACUCGCGUUUUCCGAACUCUCCCAGCAUCUUUGAGACGUCGUCGACGCUUACAAAUUAGAAGAAGCGGCGGCGGCAAGGCAAGAAUACCCGAAGAUAGCAGUAAACAGACGCGGCAAGUCGUAAUACCUUCAUUUAACGUACAAAGUGGGGAUAUACAUAAAUACAUGUAUGCAGUUGCAGUGCAACAGAUUCGCGAAGUUGUGUCUUCUAGCAGCUAGCAUCAUCAUUCCCUUUCCUCGUUCUCGUUGACGUUGCGGUUGUUUGUAUUGUUUUUGUUGUGGAAUCAAGAUACCGGAGGGGCGCGACGUUUAAACUGUCGCAAAUGCUGCUGUGGUCGUCUCCUGCUGCAAAAUGGAAGCAAACAAUAUGCAACUUUGCCGCAUCUGCAUCUCAGCGAAUGUGGGCUGCACGCAAAUGAUUUCGAUAUUUGGCGAAGAUUCGCUGUGGCAAAAAAUCACUACAUUGGCCGAUGUUAAGAUUGAAAAAGGUGACACCCUACCGCAACAAGUGUGUGUAACAUGUGCCAAAAAUGCGAUAUCUGCGUGUCUCUUCAAGAAAAAGUGUGAAGAUGCCGACAAUUUCUUUCGACAACAACUGCUCAUACAAAAGUUCGAGAGUAGAACCUCAGCCGGGAGCAAUGCUUCGGUCGUGCAACAGGAAGUCGACUCCACCGAACAAGUUCCUGAGGUUGCCGCAAUGGAGUGCUAUGGCGGCAGCGACAAUGAAGAAUAUUCGAAUAUCGGUGCCAGCGGACUCCCGGCUAGUGCAAUAACCGAGGAGGAUGACGGAGAAAUAAAGUUUCCUUAUUACAAGCAACCAUUUGAUUUUCAUUCGAUUCGACUGAUGCACGAAUAUAUGCAGCAACAAUUGAGUAAAAUAAACGGUCCCCAUAAGAAUUCAGGAGCGGGCAAUAGCGGAGCGAAUUCGGACGAAUGCGCUGAUGAUGAUGAUGAUCCGUUGCCGCUCAUGCCUGAAGUAGAACUAUUAACACCAGGCGAUGAAUUGGUGGUCGGCGGAAGCAACAUCGAUAGCAUUCCUACUUACGGUGGCAUGGAUCAGACUGUGUUGCGUGGCUACCAAUGUCCGGAUUGUCUCCAAAUCUUUGAGAUGAAGCAAAUUCUAAAAGCACAUAUGCAGAGCGUACAUGGCACCCAGGGGCCCGUAUAUGAGUGCACGAAUUGCAAAAAGACGUACUUUUACAAGCGAUUCCUUGAAAAGCAUGUACGGCGCGGACGUUGCGUCAAAAAGCGACGCAAUCAAACGCGUCCUAUGCAGUGUUCUGACUGUCACGUUUUGUUUCCCACCGGGCACCACUUGGGCUGGCACAAACGCACGGGCUGUCCUUCACGAGCUGCUAAAAUGCCGUUGCAGCAGCUUCUAAAACAGAAUAUAGUGGAAUACAACAACUUUCCCAAACGUGCUGGCAUACGUAAACCGGAAAAUGCUCUUUAUCUGCACAAUAGAAAACUUCAUAUGGUCAAUAACAAGCGUAAAGGGCGCACUCGAAUCAAGCUGGAUUCCAAAAAAAUCGCUUUGGCAAAGCAAUUAAUUUUGCGCGAAGCCACUACUACCGUCAUAGCCAACGAGUUGAAUAUUUCGAGAACAUUUGCCUGGCGCCUGCGCAAGAGCCUUGUCAACGGGGUUAGUCUCCAUGAGCGCGUCAUAGACACCAAUAAUGGUGAAGAGGGCGAUGAAACCAUCGCUCAACCCAUGGUAGCAGAUAGCACUGAGCAGCUACAGCAAGCAUAUUCUCUUGCGCAGCAGACAGAUCAAUUCGCUCAUGUUGAGCGCGUGGUCAAGCAAGAGAAGUCGGAGAGUGAUGAGUCCGAGGGAGAUGAAGCCGUUGCAUCUGGUUGCGCUAGAAAAAGUGAUCGACAAGUGGAAGAGCAGACGGAAAAUAAUGAAGCCCAUAGCAGAACUGUGCAAAUGCCGAGGGAAGAAAUCUACUCCGAGGCGCAUGCAUUAGCGGCGGACAAACAAGUGCACACUGAAGAGGUGGCAAUGACUGCUAACAGCAAUCUCAUAAAGCAAAAAAUGCUACAAUUGCAACAACAACAGCAAACAAAUAAUGCGAAUGAUGAGGGCGACGAUGAUGAAGAUGAUGAUGACGAAGGAGAUGAUGAUGACGACGACGAUAAUAGCGGUGAACACAAUGAAGUCAACAACGAUGGUGAUGACGAUGACGAUGAUGAUGAUGAUGAUGAUGAUGAUGACGACGAUGACGAUGCUGAGACUGAUGAAUCCGUGGAUAAGAAUGGGGAAGAUAAAGACANCGACGAUGACGAUGCUGAGACUGAUGAAUCCGUGGAUAAGAAUGGGGAAGAUAAAGAAGGAAAACCAGUUCAAGCACAGAAAAUACAAAUGCAACAGCCACAGUUGCAACUACAACAAAAAUAUCAGCUCCAGAAACCACAAGAACAAACUAAGACCAACACAGUUCUUCUGCAACAAGCUUUACAUGGAAAUGUGACACCUGAAAAUACAAGUAAUACAAAUCCUAGAGGACAUCGUAAGCCAUUGCCGAAUUAUGGUAAAGAAAGCACCGCUCAACCAAAUUUACCAGUGGUAAAUCAACUACCGUCCACAGUUUCCGCCGCUAUGCAUCCACUCCCAGUGAACUUAUCCAUUCGUCCUAUACAUAUCGAACAAAACCCCGAAUCGGACAGCAUAAAACCUUCGACGCCGUCAGCACCAGCGACGACAAAGAAACCGCGAAAGCCGAACGUUUUCAUUGAUGACGAGAAGUACGCGAUGGCCAAAACACUUGUCGCUCAGAAUGCAUCGACAAUGGAAAUUGCGCGUUCUCUUAAUGUUUCACAGAUGACAGCUUGGAAGGUGCGGGAUGCCAUUGUAAAAGGCUUGCCCUUGUCGUAUCGCAACAAAAGAGAUGGGCGCAGUGCCUCAAAUGGCUCGAGUAUAAGUGGUGAAACGCCCACGAGCGCUGUACCGGAAAGUGUAGAGUCACAGAUGGCUCAUCAGCUUCUAUUGCAACAGCAGUUACAACAAGAGCAGUACCGGCAGGAACAAUUACAACUGCAGAAACUGCAGCAACAACAAACACAGCAAAAACGAUUGCAACAACAGCAACAGCUGCAACAACAACAACAGCAAGAGCGCAUGCGUCUACUACAAAGACAACAACAAUUAAAAGCACAACAAAAUAUUCAAAAGCAGCAUCAGUUACACGAUCAGUUGCAGCGUCCGCAACAACAGCCAGAAAAGGCUCGCAACGGACAGCACUACGCAGCGUCACAAUCAUCUUCGCCGCCAAGGUACGAACAGUCUGCUACCAGCGCCAUCGCUGCAGCACCGGUAAAAUUUAUACAUCCUCGCCGUCGUUUGAAAGCGGCCGAACGGGAACAGCGAGACAAGGAAAUCACUCGAGAGAUACUCGAACUCAUACGUGAAGAUAGUAACAUUCAGUAUUGGAAGGUAUCUGCGCGACUAGCCGAAAAAGGCUUUCCCAUUUCGCCCUCUUCGGUGUGUCAAAAACUCAAAUCUAUGGGCAUACAUCGACGAUGGAAGCCCGGCGAUAAACCACCAAUGAUGGUAGACAUCGAGCAGUUGAAAGCGGUUAAUGCUAUAGUCGGCAAUCUGGUCAACGCGCCAAACUCUGCCGAAGAAGGCUAUGAUCAUCAAUUCGAAAUGGGGGGCGCACAUUUUCUUAGUGCCUUUACUCGAUAAAUCAUAAGCAAAGGGGUAGACAAGACGAAGAGCAUACAUCUAUACAUACAUAUGUAUACAUUGUCGAAAAUAAUGAUUUCAUAAAAAUGUGUAUUGACUAAACAAAGAUUGCAUACAUACAUAUGUAUGUAUGUACAUACUGUGUACAUGUACAUAAGAGUAUAAAUGCAUGUAUGCGCAAACAAAAUGAACAGUAUAUUUGGGAGGCAA